ACAGAGGCAGCCGAGUGGGCAGAGCCGGCAGUUGUACCUGCAGCACCAGCGCCGGCGGACAGCUCCUCUGCGCUCCGCCCGCCCGCCCGCCGCCUCCGCCGCCAGCCUCCGGGUGCCGGGAAAGCCUUCGCCGAGGAGGAGCCGGAGGAGGAGCCGGAGCCGAGCAGGAAGAAGCCGAGAGGAAGCCCCGACGCGCCGCCGGGGAUCCGGGCUGGAGGAGCUGCGGAAGCCGGAGGAGGAGGAGGAGGACAAGCACCCGAGCCCAAGAGCCCUCCCGAAAGUUCCCGGCAACUUCGCGGCGCCCGGACAGCUCGGCCAUGGAAGAACCCCAGCUGAAAGGAAUCGUGACAAGGUUAUUCAGCCAGCAGGAAUUCUUCCUGCAGAUGCACCCAGAUGGGACGAUUGAUGGGACGAAGGACGAGAACAGCGACUACACUCUCUUCAAUCUAAUCCCCGUGGGUCUUCGCGUGGUGGCAAUUCAGGGGGUGAAGGCUGGCCUUUACGUGGCCAUGAAUGCCGAGGGCUACCUCUACAGCUCAGACAUCUUCACGCCAGAGUGCAAAUUUAAGGAGUCCGUUUUUGAAAACUACUACGUUAUAUAUUCCUCUACGCUGUACCGGCAGCAGGAAUCCGGGAGAGCCUGGUUCUUGGGGCUCAAUAAAGAAGGGCAGAUUAUGAAGGGGAACCGGGUGAAAAAGACCAAACCAUCAUCACAUUUUGUACCGAAACCCAUAGAAGUGUGCAUGUACAGAGAGCCAUCGCUGCAUGAAAUUGGAGAGAAGCAAGGCCGCUCCAGGAAAAGUUCGGGGACGCCCACCAUGAACGGAGGCAAAGUCGUCAACCAGGACUCGACAUAGCUGAGAGGACGGACAGCCACCC